CCCCGAACUCGAGCUGUCGAGCUAUCGAACCAUCAAGCUCCUACCGCGCCCGAUCACACGCGUCUCCCUCCCGUCCUCCAAGCCCGAAGCUCCCCUCCAACCUGACACUAGAGACCCAAAUCGCAACCACCAUCGAACUCGACUCCGCCAUCCAAUGCCCACACAAUGAAGUUCAACGUCACAUCUAAACGGGGCGGGGCUCCCAGCUUCCUGUCGAUACAACAAUUGCUCCUGUUAGGCUUCGUCGCGCUAGCCACACCCGUUGCGGCGUCCAUUGGCGAUCGGCUACCUGAAUUCCAAGAGUGUAUAAGGGUCUGCGAACGCGAAAACUGCGGUCCGGACGCUGAACACCAAACGCCCAUUCCCCUCCACCGCCGUCUCCUCCUCUGGUCCUGCCCCUCCGAAUGCGACUACACGUGCCAACACCUCACCACCUCCUCGCGCCUCUCCCAAUCUCCUCCCCCCUUCCCUCACCCAGUCGUCCAAUACCACGGUAAAUGGCCCUUUAUCCGUUUUCUCGGGAUGCAAGAACCUCUCUCCGUUCUUUUUUCGCUCGGCAACUUCUGGGCCCACUACCAAGGCCUCUACACCAAAAUCCUCCCCAACAUCCCGCCCUCCUACCCCUUACGGAAAUGGUACAUCCUGCUCUCCUACGUCGGCAUGGCCUCGUGGUUCUUCAGCGCCGUCUUUCACACAAGGGAUUUCCCCGUUACCGAACAACUCGACUAUUUCGCUGCGGGCGCCAACGUUUUGUACGGACUGUAUUAUACGGUUGUGCGCAUCUUUAGGCUGGAUAAGAAGGACACGCCGCGCCGCGAGUCGCUUUUGCGACUGUGGACGGCUUUGUGCAUUUUGAUGUAUGUGGCGCAUGUCACGUACCUGAAGAUGUGGGCGUGGGAUUACACGUAUAACAUGGCGGCCAACGUGGCGGUCGGGGCGGUGCAGAAUCUGCUGUGGAGUUGGUAUUCGUGGACCAGGUACCGGGAGCAGAAAAAGGGGUGGGCGGCGUGGCCGGGUAUUGUGGUGGCGUGGGUGUUGGUGGCCAUGAGUUUGGAACUGUUGGAUUUCCCGCCGCUUUGGGGGAGUGUGGAUGCGCAUAGUUUGUGGCAUGCGGGCACCAUUGUGCCGACGAUUAUUUGGUAUAAUUUCUUGGUUAAAGACGCGCAGGAUGACAUGGCGAGGAGCGAGAGGCUCAAGUCUUAGGAGGGUUUGAGAAGUUGACAGUGUACAGCAAGUUAGAGCGCUGACAGAAUGGAAUAGACAUUAUGUUUGUUUACGCUAUAUCCAGAGGAUUGAUACACGCGACGCUGACGAGAACGACGAUUUUAUGUUUUCACACCAAUACCCAAGACCAUAACACUCCUCCCGGACCCCAAUGGCUUCCUUUCGCUUCAC